AUCUGCCUGUAGUAGUGACUGGGGUAGGAGGUUCAUGAAAUGUAAUGUCUCGCGACCCCAUCUCUGGAUACUUUCACUAUUGCCGAGCGCGCCGUCGGACUAGCUUGCAAUAGACACCUACAUUAAAAAAUUUCCUGAGAUUCAGGUUUUUGACGGAACGUAAAAAAAUUGCUCUUAAUAUCAUAAUAGUAAAUUAAAGUAAAAUUCUCAUUAAAAUAUAAUUUUUAAUUUUCGCGCGAAUAAUUGUUAUAACUCUCCAUAUCUCAAAAAAAUUUUUUAUUAAAAUGUGUCGGUCAAUUAAAUCAAAGCGUUGAGACAAUUCGCUUUAGUUAUUUGUACUUAAUAAAAUUUUACAUCUUACUUAGUGAACGCCGUGAAAACCCUUAAAACGGAGUUUUUUGAGUGGGAAAAAUUUUAAUUUUUUGAAAAAGCAUUAGAAUGGUGACAAAAUAUAAAAUUUCUCAAUCCUUCAAGGCAGUGUUUCCUGUAUUCUUGAUCAUAUACGUAGACCUAUUCGAUACGACUGAUGCUGUGUUAUCCGUCAACGCUACUCCUGAAUAUAUUCACCAAUGUCACAGGACAGACCCGCAAUUAAACAGCUGCAUAAAGCAAAUCUUCAAUCACCUUAGGCCUUAUAUAGUUAAUGGUAUCGAUGAAUUGUCUGUGCCACCUAUUGAGCCUUUACUCAUCCCUAAAAUGCAAAUGGAAAAUGGUCAUGGGGCUGUAAGAGUGAGAGCUAUAUUAAGCAACAUGACUAUACACGGAGCUAGCAACUACACUGUUUUAAACGUCAGAAGUGAUUUAAACAAGCUUCGAGUUGAUUUAGGAAUUUUUAUUCCUCAUUUAGAGGCAACAGGAAAUUAUGAUGUUAACGGUAACGUAUUACUACUUCCAGUUAGGAGCAGAGGAGAUUUUUGGGCAUCUUUUGAUAAUGUAACCGCGUUAGCUAAAUUAUACGGAGUUGAAGUAAAAAAAGAUGGUGUCACUUUUAUGAAGACGGAAAGAUUGGGCGUUGGAUUCAAAUUAGAAAGUUCGGACUUUAAAAUCAAAGAUUACAUAAAUAGGCAAAAUGUUAUAGGAGAAGCAAUGAACGUUUUCUUGAAUGAAAAUUCUGCUGAAAUUAUCGAAGAAAUGAAGCCUGCUGCGUCACAAGCUAUUGGAAAACAUUUCAAAAACUUCCUUAAUACAGCCUUUUUACAAAUACCAAUGAAAGUUUGGCUUAAAGACGAUUAAUGAGACGUAAGAUUAUUAGAUGAACAAUCUUUGAUGACAAUUUUUGUUAUAUUUAUAAAAAUUCUUAUUUGACUAUUUCUUUCUAUUUUAAAUAUCUUGUAUAUAGUCAACUAGUUCUAUAUUAAAUUCAUGAGUCUAAACUUCCUUAAUACUGACUCAUCAAUAAUUAUUUUCUAUGUUUUUAAUUACAUGUACAAGAAUAGUUUUAAUUAAAAAUCAUACAUUUUUAAUAAUUGUUUGUCUAAGUGUUAACAAUAUAAUUAAAUUUAAUGAAAUUAUUUUAAACGAAACAUUCUCAUUAAGUGUUUUCUAUAAUAUUAUUUUUUAUUAAUUAUUUUAAUAAGUGAUCAUACCAAAAUUAAAUGUAGCUAAUAGAAUAUAUUUUAAUUAUAAUUUACUAUUAAUUUCACUUAUAAUAUAAAAUAUGUUUAGUAUCUUGGCUAUGGUAAUGUGUAACUACAAUUCAUUUUUAUUACCAUAUAUCAAUUAAUAAUAAUUUAGCUAAGAUAAUUUUUAGAUUUUUAUAAGUUUAAUAUUUAAUUGGUAACUCAUAUACUUUGCCGGGCAAAGUUGCAAUCAUAAAUCAUAAUUUACAUGUAAAACUUACCAUAGACAAAUCAUGUUUUUUUGCAAAAAAUCACUUUUAAAAUCUAGAUAAGUUAUGAAUUUAUAUUGUAAAUGAACUUAAAAAUAUUUAAUUAAUCUAAUCAAGAUAUCCAAAAAUAAUUUUAUUUUUAUAGAUAUAACGAUGAAUU